AUGGCCGCCUCGUUGAAAGACGAACGCGACGUCUCGUCCAAGGGCGAUGACACCGAGCAAUCAAGAGGCACUAGUGCCGACCCCCAGCUUCACGACAACGAGAAACAAGAAGGAACAGAAGUGGCUGCGGCAGAAGUUCCUCCUCGCGUCACAGGCUGGAAAUGGGUGUUGGCCAUGUCGGCUGUCCUGUCCUCCAUCUUCCUCUACGCCCUAGACAACACCAUCGUCGCUGCCGUCCAACCCGUCAUCGUCACCGAAUUUGACUCGAUCGAGAAGCUCCCAUGGCUCAGCGUUGCCUUCCUCCUCGGAGCUACGGCGACAAACAUGGUAUGGGGCAGAAUCUACAGCCAGUUCAGCUCAAAGUGGUUCUACAUCUUCAAUGUUGCCCUGUUCGAAGUUGGGUCCGCUAUCUGUGGUGCUGCGCCCAAUAUCGAUGUUCUCAUUGCUGGACGUGCCAUCUGCGGUGUUAGUGGUUCGGGAUUGUACGUCGGUGUCAUGAGUCUGAUUGCCGUCACCACCACCAUGGCUGAGCGCCCAUUGUAUGUCUCGAGCACGGGACUGACUUGGGGCCUGGGAAUUAUUCUUGGUCCUGUCAUCGGAGGUGGCUUCAGCGAGUCUGCGGUUGGCUGGCGGUGGGCGUUCUACAUCAACCUUUUCAUCGGUGCCGUUUGCGCACCCGCCUACUUCUUGCUGCUGCCCAGCAUUGAUCCUCGCCCUGGUGUCCCCUAUAAGCAGCGCGUCGCCGAGAUGGACUACGUCGGAACCGUCAUGUUGAUGGGCGGCUUGACGUGCUUCGUCUUGGCCAUCAACUGGGGUGGCGUCACCUAUGCCUGGAAUUCCGGCCAGAUCAUCGGUCUCUUCGUUACGUCGGGUGUCCUAUUCAUCCUGCUGGGUAUCCAGCAAGUUUGGACCAUCUUCACCACGCUCAGUCGCCGUAUCAUUCCAGUCCAAUUCUUCCGUUCGAGAACCGUCCUUAUUCUCUUCAGCGUCACCGCGGCAUCUGGCGCUUCGGCUUUCGUUCCGAUCUACUUCGUCCCUCUUUUCUUCCAGUUCACGCGCAACGACGGUCCGCUCCAAGCAGGAGUCCGGCUCCUCCCUCUGAUCGUGGUCAUGGUGGUGACCAUUAUCGCCAACGGCGCUCUGAUGGCCAAGUUUGGGUAUUACAUGCCUUGGUACACCUUCGGUGGCCUGUUCGCCGUAGCUGGAAGCGCUCUCAUGUACACCGUCACUCAGGACACGAGUGAGAGUGCCAUUUACGGCUACACCGUCUUGAUCGCUCUUGGUGUCGGUAUGUUCCUACAGGCGUCCUUUUCCGUGGCGCAAGCGGUGGUCGAGCCAGAGAAUAUCCCUCCUGCUGUAGGUUUCAUCACUCUUGCGCAGUUCCUCGGCAUCACCAUGGCGCUUGCCAUUGCGAAUUCCGUCUUCCUGAACGAGAGUGAAAAUGGAAUCGCGGCAAUCCUCCCGGACGUGUCGCGGUCCGAGAUUCAAGCUGCUAUCGAAGGCACAACUGCUACGUUUGUCAAGAACCUGAGCCCAGAGGUCCAAAAGCAAGUCCUCGGUGCCAUUGUAAGCGCCAUUGGCAAGACGUAUGUCCUUGUUAUUGCAGCUGGGUCGUUGGUUACCGUGUUGAGCUUGUUCAUGAAGAGGCAGAAGCUAUUCACCACAGCUGGAAUCGGCGCAGCGUAA